CCUCAAGUGUACAACUCGUCGUUUUUGACACUAGUGGGGAAACGCUUCUACGCCCAUAAUGUUUACCAGGCGCUCGCUUGCUUUCCUUCUUGCCCUCCCAUCCGUUCUCGUAUCAGCCGCGGACCCGGCUCAGCAGCCUGUCCAGGGGGGAUGUGGUCCUGGUGUCUGUGAUCAACUGGGGUGUGGGGGCUACCAACUGGAAAAUUAUCCUAUUACAACAAAUUAUCAACAAGUCAUGACGGGACCGGAGCCGUGGCCUACACCUGAUGGCGCAACUGUCGUUGGUUUUGGAGAGGCAGAUGGUGUUACGACCGUUGUUUUCGAAGCGACCAAACCUGCUUAUAUCGCUGUGCCUACUAACCCACCCAAAGACGGAGGUAAAUGGACGGUUGUUGAGGAGGCCGUGACCAUUCCCAAUGGCCCUGGAAAUACGUUGACCAUCACGAGUCAUGCGUUGACGACCGUUCCUGCGUGUCCCACUCCUUCGACGAUUACGUCGACUACUACGACGUACAUCACCACUACGUCCACUGUUACUUCGAGGACGACGGACACUCAGUACAUAACUCUUCCGCCCAUCACCACCUUUUCGACAACCACGUUCUUCGCCACUCCAGUUACAGUUACGUCUUAUGUGACCUUGCCACCUGUCACUUCAAUUUCUUUAGUGACUCUUCCUCCGUUGACUGUCACUUCUACCAUUACAACCACCGCAACAAUCACUAUACCCGUCACGCCGUCACCUCCCACACCAACAUGCACGCCUGCUGUCCUCAAGCCCUGGACCAAUGUCGAUAUUUACACAAACAACCCCUUCCGCUUCGUAACCAAUGAUCCAUCCCCACAGAUCCUCAGUAUCCAAGACGCGGGUUACAAGAAGGAAAGAUACUCUGUCGUCGUCGACGGACAGCAGAUUGGAACUACUUCCCCCAUUAACCCUGACUCGGGCGUUUGGUGCGCUCUCACCCCCGCCGCCAAAGACACUUGUGAAGUCAAAGGCCUCAGUAAAGGACAGUUCAUCAUCCCCCCCGGAUCGCACGUUGUCGAAAUCGUCAAUAUCCUCGGAGUUGUCAAUAACCCUGAUGCCUACUCGACUAUAUUUUACCAGCUUGAGCGUCAAUGUACUAUUACUAUCCCUCCUCCACCUCCAUGCUCGCAAAGGCCUGUUCAGGAUGUGGCGGUUGUCGAUGUUUACAAGAAUAACCCUUACAAUUUCUCCUUCAACUUCAACUUCCCCACCAAGUUAACGGUAAUGGAUGCGGGUUACCGUGCCGAGAAGUAUAAAAUUUCGAUAGAUGGAGUCCUCGUAGGCGACACAGACGCAUACGCCAUCAAUCGCCUCGUUUGGUGUGGUAUCACUCCCAAUACCUACCAAAACUGCCUGAACAGUCAAAUGAGCAAAGGAGAAUUUGUUGUACCUGCCGGCGUACACACCGUCACCGUAACACUGGAAGCGGGCGUUUUCGAACCAACUUGGACGUACAGUACGAUAUUCUACAAGAUUGACACCUACUGCCCAUCUUAAGUCCAUACGACGGGGUGGGUAGCAUCUGUCACUUGGACCUGCCCCCCCCCACCCCAAAUUGCGAGUUCAUUGGAAUCGUUUGUUCAUCACUUGACAUGU